AAAAAGGAAAGGAAAACAGAUUUUGUGACUCAAACACUCAACAGUCCUCCAAAAUAUCCCCUUCAACCAUUCUCUCUACAAACUAACAAACCUUCUUCAACCAUGCCACAGAUUGAACCUUCCCGACUCGAUUUCGACGUGGCAACUUCGUCUCAAAUCAGGAGGCCUCAUCCACCACCUCACAACAACAACGUCGCCGAUUCCGUUCCAAAGGAGAACCGUCCACCACCUCACAACGGCGUUGAAGCUCCCAAGAAGUGUCGUGGUCGCCCACGGCACACCGUGAACUACGCUAACGUUGUUGGAUUGAAUCAUAAUCCUGGAAUAUCUUUGGAUUGGACUGUUCAAGAACAACUCGCUCUUCAAAAAGGACUCGUUAAGUUUGCAUCAUCGUAUUGUGGCACAACAUUGUAUGCAAAGAUAGCGAAGAAGAUACCAACUAAGACAAUACGUGAUAUAGUACUUCGACUCAAAUGGAUGCAUGAAAACGUUGUUCAUAUUUCAAUGCAGUCCCCCGACUCGGCUGAUCAACCAAACAUUCUCUCAAUUCAUCCUCCAGAAGAUGUGAGGAUGGACAAUGAUGAUGGCAUCUCUUUCAAAGUUUUGAAUGAUACAAAUAUCACGAAAAACGCAACUUUUUCGUGUUAGUUUGAAUGAAAUUCCCUACAACGUCAUACUUCCAUGGAUAAAUUACCAUAUGUUGAUUCUGGAUUGAAGUUGAACUGAAAUUUACCAAAGAAGAAAGAACGCAACAAGAUGACAAACAUCUAAUUGAAUUGUCUUUCUAUUGUAGUUUUAUGCACUGUACUCUUUUUUCCUUCAUCAUGGUUUUGUCCCAUUUGAUUUUCCUAAUAAGGUUUUUAACGAGGCAAUUGCCCAUCUUGUUUCCUUGGGUAUUGGUCCAGUCCCCCAAGUUCUUUUCCUUUCAUGAAUUCUUGAGAUUUAAAUGAAUGCUGUUUUUGAUUUGUAUGCAUUUUUCUGGUAUUAAGCAAUAUGAAAUUAACCAUGAAA